GACAGUGAACCACAGCCAACUUCAGUCCUGAUCAACGGGACCCUCAGGACCACACCAAUCUUAAUUUGACAUCCAUUCACUUUUAUUAGACUGUUUAAAAUAAAAUAAAUACAAAUAAAUCGUAAUUUUAACAGAAAAAUAAAGAAAAUGCAUACUUAACGGUAGUUAAACAUUUUAAAGGACAUACCGCGCUUACUGGAUUUUAUUUGCUCUGGAUGUUAAGGAUUCCCCACUUCUGCCGACUGAACAUUUAUGUCGCGUGGACGCGACACCGACGACAGCAUAGCGGUGGAUUUCUUGAUGUGAAUUUUGAAAGAAGUUUGUCGUUUCAAUGAAUCUUUCAGUCUAUACAAAACACCCGUCACGAUGAAUGAAGUUCUCAUCGGAUUUCACAUCUACUAGGUGCGAUUUAAACAGAGAAACUGACGGACAAAGAGUCAUCUAUCACCUGAACCAUCCCUCGAGGAUUCUCCUCUCUCGCUCGCUUUCUCUCUCCGAAGACCUGUUUCUCAUCCAUCCACAAGUACAUACUUCACCCACAAGACUUUACUUUGCCUUUGACAUUCAACUUUUUAAAAUAAUUUUGCCUUUCGUAUAGCACGUAGCAAAUGUGAUCCCUCAGGAUGCACCGCGUUUUAUGGCUCGACGGACACAGUAAAAGCCUGUAAUUGAAAACAAAAGCACACGCGAGCGUGAGAGACCUGGAAGCACCACACAUAAAGCUGCAAAACACUUUCAGGGGUUGGUGGUUGACAGCAGAAAUGGCUGCCAUAGCAGUUGUCCCCAACUACACCCCAUCAGUAUGGGUACGGUUAUGCCAUGCCAUUCCUCGCCUAGACCUGACCCUGCAGAUCCGAGAUAGUGUGUUCACGCCAGACAGCUGGGAGUAUCAGCAGACUCUUCUGGUCCUCUCCAGCUUUUCCGCCAUCGCUCUCCUCCUCUCGUUACUUGUCGUUCUUUCCUUCCUCAUCCACUACUGCUGCUGCCAUCGCGGUGAAGGGGGCAGGGAUGCAGAUGAAGAAGAGGAGGACGAUGAUGCCAGCGGUGGCCAUGGAUACGGCAGCAGAAAGGGGCGGGGCAUCUGUUGUGUCACAUGGGUAUCGGUCACGGCGGUGAUAUUGUGUUGUGUUGCCAUAGGCGUUGGUUUCUACGGCAACAGUGAGGCGAACGAUGGGAUGUAUCAGUUGACCUCAUCUUUGCUCACUGCCAAUUACACGCUGGCUUCCAUCGAUCUACUGGUUUCAGACACUGUGGCCGGGCUGCAGCAAUCUAUCUCAGGCCCCUUGACCUCCAUGGAGGACGUGUUUGGAGGACAUAAACCAGCUCUCAUACCCACGCGCUCCUGCAGGCGUCUGUCAGAGCGGGUGGUGUCUCUCCUUUCCAACCUGACACUGGGAAAAGGUCUGAUCCCUAUCAAUGAUGGUAUUUACAGGGCCAAUGGAAGUGAAAGCAUAGUGGGAGCCCUGACCCCAGCUCCUCCAUCUGUGACCCUCACCCUCAGUCCAUCCUCCAAUAACGUUCCUGUGCCAUUCGCUCCAGGCUGGGCAGCCAACACGCUCAUGGUAAAUGAAGACUACAGGUGGCUGUCAUACGUGCUGUUGCUUUUGCUGGAUUUGGUGGUGUGCUUCUUUAUUCUUCUUGGUUUGGCCAAACAGGCCCGCUGGCUACUUAUCCUGAUGACGGUGCUGACCUGGCUGGCUCUGUUUCUGAGUUGGGGUUCUCUCGGACUUGAGACCGCCACUGUGGUUGCCCUAAGUGAUUUCUGCUUUGACCCAAACACAUUUGUUCUGAACUCCACUCACUUCAACUCUAAGACAAGUACAGAAAUCCUGGACUACUACUUAACCUGCAACAGGAAAACGAACAGCCCAUUUCAGCAGCUACUGACCCAGUCCCAGAGAGCACUGUCCAGCAUUCACUCCCAUCUGUCCAAUCUGGAGAGAGACGCCCUUCCUCGCUUUCCAAAGGCAGAGAAGUCACUCAGGGAGGUACAGCAGAUCCUCAACUCUACUGAAGGCAACUUCCAUCAGCUGGUAGCUCUUCUUAACUGCAGAGGGCUGAACAAGGAUUAUGUUGACUCACUGAAGGGCCUGUGCUAUGAUGGGAUGGAGGGGUUGCUCUAUCUUUCCCUCUACUCGUUUCUCUCAGCUUUGGCAUUCACAGCCAUUCUUUGCUCGCUCCCUGGAGCCUGGAGGAGCUUUCACAGCGAUUCAGAGGAAUACGAGGACUCGGACAGCGAAAGCGAGGACCCCUUCACUUCUCAUCAGGCACGUAGACAGACGACCAUGGGCUCCCAGCGAGGGGGCUUGCCCCCAUUCUAUAAUUACCAGGGGACCGCCUGGACUCCCCCAUUUUCUAGCGCGCCACCUUUACCGACUCCAAACGUUUCCUCCAAUGGCAACCCUGGUUAUGAGAACCUGCCUUUGAGUGACAGGCAGUCCCCACCCCCCUCUUACUCUCCCAGCAUGCUGACUGGCUAUGGGGGCAGUCAAUCACGCCCCAACCCUGCCCAUUCCAGAAACAUGUACUCGCACUAAUGAUUUUUUAUGUAUAGUAGAGAAAAUGUAUAGGAAGGUUUAGUUUUCAUAUGGAUGGACACUUUAUGAGAUGAGAGACUAAUUUAAAAGAAAUUUUAAUUCUAGAUGUUAAAUAUCUGUGACGUCAGUACCAUUAAGUCCUGAAAGCAUCUGAGUUUAACCAACCUGAUCUCAUGGGAAUUCAUAUGUAUUUUACAAGUUGGCAAAUUUGUAUGAAGUAAAUUGUACUAAAAUACAAAUUAGUUAGCCAUCCUGUUAAAAUGCAGUGAGAUUGUGUUGGUGUAACCGAUUUGUAAAAUGACUGUAUGUUCAUUUAUUAGUCGUAUGGACCUAUCACUUUCUCUUCCUGUAGUGUCAUUGUGUAAAUCGCUCUGAGAUGGAAACAGGACGGUAUUGACGUUACACUAGUGGUCUAUUUUUAAAUGUACUGUAUAACCACUUUAAUUUUGUAGUUUUUAUAUUGUUAUAUGUAGUCACAGAUACAUAGUGGCAAUGGCACAAUUUCGUUGUAAAAUUAUGCAGUUUUCUUUUCACAUUUUUUUUUUAAAUAUUUGACAGGACCCUGUUUUAUAAGUGGCAGUUCUGUAUUACCUUGUAUACCUUCUGAUACUAUAAAAUACUGAUUUAUUUAUAUAAUAUAAAUAUAUAUUCAGUGUAUAAACGUUUGAUUGUUAAUGCCGUUUGAUGAUCAACAAAACAUCAGUAAAACAUUGUUGAGGGCUGGUGCCCAUUUCCUCUGCUGGCUCGAGCAAUACAACUGAGUUUUGCCAUUUGCAAACAAUGGCCAUAAUGUAAGCAGCAAUAAUCAUCAGGACUUGCAAGCACCAUUUGUCUCUGUGUGUGUGUGAGUAUAUACAGAUAUGGCUAUCAACCUGUUGUUAAUCCUUAAAAAUGAGUUUCUAUGGUUUAAUGCUCCUUUUGAAUGGCAUCCUUUUUCACUACAGAGUCUAAUAUAAAAGAAAUAAAAAUACAGUAACAAAA